UGUUCUUCGUUUUCUCUUCACCCUCCCGGCUCCUGUCAAGGUACCACAGCAAGUCCACGAUUUCGCAAACACCGAGCCUGGGCUUCUUUUAAUAUACCGCCGCAUCUCCCGGGUUGACUGACCAACAUCACCAUCGAUCAUUGUCUGAUCUCCAAGUCCACCAUGUCAACCCUGUUGCCAGCCAAGUCUCUCCUGAUUGCCCUCGGAGUGGUGGGCGUUCUGGGCACCUGGGGGCGGACUGCCCUCGACGGGUCGACCGAGCUCCUGACGAAAGUGUUGGAUGACCCCAAUGGCCAACUCCCGGGCACCCAGGUGCCUCUCCAGCGGACCUUCACGGGAAUUCGCAUUCCCAUUGACCACAUCAUCUCCACUCUGGUGGUCUUUUGGUACGAGGUCGUGGACGGCUCCCACCCGUCCUCCACCGCGGUGGCCCUGUAUUUCUUGGGACAGCUGCUCCCCUGCCUUGUGAUCGCCUACACAAACGCCCAGCGUGGCAGUAAAUCCAGUCUUGUGCGACCAACCCUCUGGCUCACCCUUUUCCAAGUCUGCUCCCUAGGCGUGACCGGCUGGAUCUGGGCGCUCAGCUACAUCACAUCAGCACCCACCGUCCCCAAGUCCAAAGUCUCCGCGGUGGGCUCGUUCGAUCUACUGCAGCGUGCUUCCAGAGUCUCCUCGCCGGCGCUGGUCAAACAGCUGCUCGUACCCGCCAUCAUCCUUGGGUAUCUCGUCCCUGCAGCUCUGAUGGGAGUCUUCUCCUCCAACCCCGCCAGCACCGCGCAUCAAUCCGCCAUCGGCGCCUGGAACAUGUACCCUUUGCUCAUCCUCCCCAUGCUCUACAUCCUCCGAUCCAUCUUUUCUCCUGCGGUCGCGACGACAGGACCUAGAGCGCACCUCCACGCCAUUCGCGCCGCCAACAUCCCCACCCUCAUCAUCAGCGUCGCCCUUCACUGGUCCGUCUUAGGCGUCUCGCUCUCUACUAUUUUGUUCCCGUCUAUCUUUACCCCGGCCUAUCGCGAAGAGCUGCACCCGUCCGCCGUCUUCGUGCCCCCGUUGGCCCUGUCCCCCGCCACCACUCCUGGAGAUGGGGUCAAGGGAUUCCUAUUGUGGGAUGAGUUGAUCGCCUAUCUGGUGGUGUUGGUGGUGGUUGCCCUCGAGCUGCAAGGAGCCUGGUCUACCAUCCCGUCGCGCGGUGGAGCCUUCCGGUGGUCGUGGUUCCUCCCCGCUGCGUUUGGAGCCUCUCUCCUGCUUGGACCGGGGACGAUGUGUUUGCUAAUUAGUUGGUUGCGGGAUGAGAUUCUGUUUGGUGAGUGGGUUGACCGGAAGGAGGGGACAAAAGCGGCGGAGUAGAUCUGGCUUCUUCAGGUUCGCAGAUUCUCUACGUUCGCUGGCGAG